AUGAAAACGGUUUUUGAACUGUGCAAUGAAGAUAGUAAAGGCUAUUUAAGCAGAGAAGACUCUACAGUUGGUCUAAGAGAUAGAGGAUUUUUGCCUUUUGAAGACUUCAAGAGAGCUUUCAAUUCUGUUUCUUCUAAGUUAUCUGAAAAAGUCAUAUUUGAAGCCACCAGAGAAGUCGAUCAGGAUUCUGAUGGCUACAUCAGCUUCAAAGAGUUUGAAUCUGCAAUGAAGUAUGGACAAGAUGAAGUAUCACCAGUGUACUUUGCCUAA